AUGUCAUUCCCAGGCAGCAGCUGUCUAACGCUCCCGGCUUUUCUCAUCUUGAUAUCCGCCAUCCUCUGGCAACUGAACAAGGUUGGCCGCAGGCCCAAAAACUAUCCCCCAGGGCCGCCCACUCUGCCUCUCAUCGGCAACCUGCACCAGAUCCCGCAGGAGAAGCGGCAUCUGCAGUUCGAGAAAUGGGCGAGGGAGUAUGGGCCGGUUUACUCGCUCAUGCUGGGCACCAAGGUCAUGAUCGUGCUGAGCUCGGACUUGGCCAUCAAGGACCUGGUGGACAAGCGAGGCGCCAUCUACUCUUCCAGGCCUGAGAUGUACAUUGGCCAGGAUAUCUUGAGCGACAGUCUGCGGAUUCUUUUCAUGCCGAACCAUGAUGUGUGGAAAAUGGCCCGGAAGAUGGCUCACCGGGUCUUGAACGUAUCUGCUGCGCGGACCUACGUCCCGUAUCAAGACCUGGAGAACAAGGCGAUGCUUCUGGGGUUCUUGGAGAGCCCUGGUGAUUUUAUCAAUCACCUCCGUCGAUACUCGGCAUCCCUGACCACGCAGAUGACCUUUGGCUUCCGGACCACGAGCAUUCACAACCCGGACUUCAAGGAAGCAUUCGACAUUUUUGACCGAAGCUCCGAGUUGAUUGGGUCACGGAUGGCCGGGCUUCUGGACCUCUUGCCAACAUUGAGGCGCUUGCCUGACUUUCUUCUGCCCAUCAAAAAGGAAGGGAAAGAGAUUCAUCAACGAGAGAUGAGCCUCUUUCGACGUCUCUUCAACCAGGCCAAGCAGGGACUGCGAGACGGCUCGGCCAAGCCGUGCGUCUGCGUCGACCUCAUCAAGGAGCAAAAAGAAGAGGGGCUGUCCGACGAGCUCGCCGCGUACCUGGGCGGGUCGCUGCUGCAGGCCGGGUCCGAAACGACGUCCAGCAUCCUGGUCGGCUUCGUCCAGGCAAUGGUUAUCUUCCCCGACGUGGCUAAAGCCGCGCAGGAAGAGCUGGACCGUGUCUGCGGUAACCGCAUGCCGGAUUUGAACGACGUCCCCAACCUCCCCUACAUCCGGGCGUGCGCGAAGGAGAGCCUCCGGUGGAUGCCCGGGUUCAUGCUGGGCAUCCCGCAUGCCGUUACGCAGGAUGACACGUAUUUGGGCUACCACAUACCCGCGGGUGCCAUGGUGAUCUUGAAUGUCUGGGCUGUCCACAACGACCCCAAGAGACACCCGAACCCGCGGCAGUUCGAUCCCCUGCGGUACAUCGACGACAAGCAGACGUCCAUCGACGCGUCCAACAACCCGGACGCCACCCGGCGGGACCACUUCGUCUUUGGCGCGGGCCGGCGGAAGUGCCAGGGCAUGCACAUCGCGGACCGGUCGCUGUUCCUGGCCAUCUCGCGUCUCCUCUGGGCGUUCGAUUUCCAGAGGGCCGUCGACCGGGAGACCGGCCGGGAGAUCGUGCCGGACAUGGACGACCUGGCCGAGGGCGUGAUGAUGCUCCCCAAGCCGUUCGAGGCCAAGCUCUCCCCGAGAAGCGCGUCCAAGGCCGAGUGCGUGAGGCGGGAGUGGGCCGACAUGGAGAGGCUUCUUGACGAGAAGGCGCAGUGGAAGGAGGUCCCUGAGGGUUUGAUCUGGAAGGAUGAGCAGGAAAUUGAGUGA